AUGCAUCUACACUCUUUGAAAGAGCUCGAUGACUCGGAAGGCAAUGUCCGUCUGCAUAACGACAAGGACACUGCUGUUAUCUUGUACCCUGCUCCUUCGCCCACCGACCCCAAUGACNNCCCCCUUCGAUGGCCACUAUGGAGGAAACAUGUCGCCUUUGGCAGCGUAUGCGCUUUUGCAUUUCUGUCUAACUACGCCAUUGGUGGUCUGGCUCCGGCUUUCUACAUCUUGAGUCUGGAGUUUGGCAAGUCGCAACAUCAGACUAGCGAGCUGCUCCUCUGGCCUGUCCUUGUAUUUGGUGUCUUUAUGAGUUGGUAUGUCAACUCUAUCUCGGCUGGCAACACACUGGGUGUAAGUGUUCUGAAACAAUACGCCAUCCUCUCGAUGCUGACUGUCUCGUUACUANNGCCUUUGAUCUGUGGCUUUGUGGUCCAAGGUCUGAGCUGGCGUUGGCACAAAAUCAUCGCAGCUAUCCUCGUCGGAAUCAACUUUCUCGUCGUAGUACUACUAUGUCCAGAGACUCGAUUCGACCGCGCUGGCCAUGGACUCGCAGAACCACUUGCGCCUUCUAGAACAACUAGCGACGCAAACACUCUUGAAAAGACAAUCUCGAACCCAGACCAACAGCCUGUGCAUCGUCCUUCAGAUACCUCGGACACAACUCCCAUGGACACUGUGCCCAAAAAGCCAUGGUCACAGCAACUAAAGCUCUGGUCACCAUUGCCAAAAGAUCUUUCUCUGUUUGAGUUGUUCUUGCGUCCUUGGCCAUUGAUUGUGUAUCCGGAGGUAAUCUUCUCAACUCUGGCUACAGCGUUUGCGCUUGCCUGGGUAGUAGGUAUCAACAUUCUCAACUCUUUCGUUCUUCAAGCACCACCCUACUCCUGGUCCCCUGCUGUGAACGGCCUCAUUAACAUCCCUGGCUUUUUGGGAAAUAUUUGCGGUGCACUUGUCGGUGGACCGCUGGUCGAUUGGUAUUCUGACUGGCGCGCCAGAAAGAACGGCGGUGUCUUUCAACCAGAGUCGAGAUUGACAUUGUUGAUCUUUCCAGGAGUCAUGGUGCCGGCUGGAUGUUUGGCUUUUGGGUAUGGUGUCCAAGAUACACUUCAUUGGACCAGUCUUUUCUUUGGCUAUGGCAUGGUUGCGACAGGGUUGACAACGAUCCCUUGUAUUACCAUGACCUACAUCUCGGAUUGUUAUCUGCCCAUUGCUCCCGAUGCGCUAUUGUUGAUCAAUGGAUUGAAGAAUGUUGCGGCUUUCGGAUUUUUGUACGCUAUCACGCCUUGGGUGUACAAAGUUGGGUACGCAGAGUGUUUUGGCGAGCAAGCUGCCAUUGCUGUUGGAAUACUUCUGUUUGCCAUUCCGCUCAGCCUCUUCGGUGCCAGAAUGCGUCAUCGUACUUCGCAAUGGCGUAUCAUUCUCUGA